AUGCCUGCCGCGCCAAAGCAGAGAAAGAUCGCGAUUGUUGGCAGUCGCUCCGUGGGGAAAUCCUCGCUCACGGUCCGCUUCGUCGAGCACCACUUUGUGGAAAGCUACUACCCCACGAUUGAGAAUACUUUCAGUCGGAUUAUCAAGUACAAUGGCCAGGACUAUGCGACUGAGAUUGUGGAUACUGCCGGACAGGACGAGUACAGCAUUUUGAACUCAAAGCAUUUCAUUGGGAUCCAUGGCUAUAUCAUUGUGUAUUCCGUCACAUCACGACAGUCGUUCGAUAUGGUGAAGACAAUAAGGGAUAAGAUUCUGAAUCAUUUGGGAGCGGACCAAGUGCCACUAGUGAUAGUGGGGAACAAGAGUGAUCUCAAGCCAGAACAACGGCAGGUUUCUACCGAUGAGGGCCGACAGCUAGCAGAGGAGUGCGGCUGUGCUUUCACCGAGGCUAGUGCCUUCCUCGAUUUCAACGUUUCCAAGGCAUUUGAUCUCAUGAUCGGCGAGAUUGAGAAGUCUCAAAACCCGUCCCAGCCGGCCGGUAACAACAAAUGCACGAUGAUGUGA